AUGUCUGGCCGUGGUCAAGGAAGAGCUAGGGGUGAACAUAAUGUUUCUGACCCUGAGUAUCUUACUCAAGAUAUGUUGUCAGCAAAACUGAGAAAAUUCCAGGAAAGUUUGGUAAAUUUGUUGAAACAUACAAACCAAACUGAUCCAAAUGUGGAAAGAAGUUCUGAGCAAGAGGAAGUUGAAGCUAGUACACCGAUAACUGGUACAUCUGAAGAGGAGGAAGAGGAGGAAGCGGCGGAAGCGGCGGAAGAGGAGGAAGCGGCGGAAGCGGCGGAAGAGGAUGAAGCGGCGGAAGAGGAGGAAGAGGCGGAAGAGGAGGAAGCGGCGGAAGCGAAGGAAGAGGAGAAAGAGGAGGAAGCGGCGGAAGAGGUGGAAGAGGAGGAAGCGACGGAAGCGGAGGAAGCGGAGGAAAAGGAGGAAGCGGCAGAAGCGGAGGAAGCGGAGGAAGCGGCGGAAGCGGAGGAAGCGGAGGAAAAGGAGGAAGCGGAGGAAGAGGCGGAAGCGGCGGAAGCGGCGGAAGAGGAGGAAGCGGAGGAAGAGGAGGAAGCGGCGGAAGAGGAAGAGGAGGAAGAGGCGGAAGCGGCGGAAGAGGCGGAAGCGGAGGAAGAGGCGGAAGCGGAGGAAGAGGCAGAAGCAGAGGAAGCGGAAGAGGCGGAAGCAGCGAAAGAGGAGGAAGAGGCGGAAGCGGAGGAAGCGGAGGAAGCGACGGAAGCGGCGGAAGAUGAGGAAGCGGCGGAAGAUGAGGAAGCGGAGGAAGCGGAGGAAGCGGCGGAAGAGGAGGAAGCGGCGGAAGCGGAAGAAGGG